AUGAAUAUCAAUGAACUUUCACCCAAACAAAUCCUCGAGCUUAUUAAGCUUGGACAGCAGGCACAACAGAGACAACGAGAUUACGACGGAGAUAACCUCCCAGAAGAAAUCCUCAAAGAUUUGGACGAGCCUUCAGCGAAAGGUCUCAAGUCGAACAUUAUUCGAUUCACAAAAGACACCCUCCAAUUUGAGGGUGGAAAGUGGACAAAGUCAGGAGCGAUCAACCAGAUUUUCGUCCCUGACCUCAAAAAAUACACCGUGGAUGCCCAUCAGAUUGUACAAGGCAAAUACAAAGAUGGCGACAAACUUCGAAUUGCAGGAAGAGCAGCAAGUGAAGUCUUCAACGACCUCAAGUAUAUUAAAUCACAACAAAGUAGUAACAAAGACGCAGCCGAUUUUGAUGAACUCAUCGAAAAAGUCAGGCGUUUGGCCGUCUAUGCGUUCGCAAGUGGAAAAACGCUGGACGAAGAUGCCAAAGAACUCAGCAUCCGAGCAAUUAAGCUCCCCACAAGAGCAAGAUAUUUCGAAGAUGAAGAUGACAACGACAAAGACAUGGCCUUCGAUCAGGAGUGGGUGGAGAAAAUCCAACAAGCAAGAUACGAAGAAUCUGUCCUCCAGAGUGCUGUCAGUAACAAGAGAGGAUGA